AAGCUCAGAUUCCAACAGACAGCUGGACAACAGUGACACUGCAACACCGAAACACAGAUCCACAAUGAAGGCCUUGUUCGUCCUGUUCCUGUUGCUGCCUCUCUGCAUGGCGGAUCAUUCCAUCGAUUGCUAUGGGGAGGAUUUCCUGAUGGUGAGGAACAUGGUCCUGCACUGCAAAAGUAAAGUUCCUCAGGCCUGCUACACCAGAGUGACUGGAGAGAAGGGCUGCGUCAGCAUGGACUUCUGUCAAAGGAAAGGCUGGAAAUGCUGUUUUGAAAGCAAGUGCAAUGCUUGAUCUUCACACUAACAGCCAGCUUCCUUCAUCACCAUCCUUCUUUAUUUUCCAACACCAAUGCAACAAUGUGACUUUAAAAAAAGAAGAAGAAAAUUGUGACAAUCAGACUGUGAUUUCGUGUUCUUAAUGUAGAAAUCGGCUUGUUUACGUGCAUUCUCAUAAUACAGUGAAGAAAUAGUAUUAAUCAUCCUGAAAUCAACAAAUAAAUCAAGGUUUAUUGGUA